CAUUUCUGUAUUGUGAUUUAUUCCAAAAUGAAUAAUGAUUUUACAAAAAGUAUUUUCAUCGUCGGUAAUACAUUAGAAUACGUUCUUUUCGAAACGGCAAUAAACUCUGCGAAAGCUGGUUUGCCUGUUUGGUACAUAUCGAUUGUUCCAUUCAAUAAGAUUCCAGAUAAUAUAGAUAUUCCCGGAAAAGAAGUUCUAAACUUAAUAACGUUCAUAUAUUUAAAAGAUUACCAUUGCUUAAUAUCUCAUUUGAACGGAAUUCAUCUUUGGCGGAAAACUCCAAGAGUGAUUCUUAUUGACCGGUUUGAUCUCUACUCAAAUAUAAAUGAAGAAAACUACAAUCCUUUAUGUGGGGCACUAAUAUCUACAUCUAUUUUGGAUGCUUCGUCAUCCAUUUCAAAAAAGACCAAUGAAAAUAUUUUUCUUAUAGUAGCUUGUUCAACACAAAAUAUAGUUAGUAAACGGACCAGUAUACUGAAAAAUUUAUAUUUUCCAAAGACAUUUAUACAUUCAACAGAUUCUGAAACAUUAAAGGUAAUUAACGACUUCAUUAUAAAAUGA